AUGACUGGGUUUUCUAGAACUGUCUUCUUAUUCCUGGUGGCAAUUGUUGGUGUGGCGUACCUUCAGGAAUUGAUUGGAGGAGGUGGAGAUGAGGAGCCGGAUACACCAAAGAAGGGAGCAGUUUUCUAUAACGGUUUCAAUUACGUCCCACUGCCCGAGCUGCAAGGAGAUCAACCAAGAUGCAGCCAGUGCCCGCUUGAGAGCAAUACAUUUACGGAGAACGGUACAAUUGGCUCAAAAUAUAUAGAUGUUGGACCUGAUGCAAACGGUUGUCGUGUAAUGCAUCACUACUGUGUUAUGGUGGGCGGCAACCCGAACUGUGAAGUAACGGCGGCAAUUCAAAGUGGUGAAGGCGAACUCGAGAAGUUCAUCUAUAGUAGUAAUAUAAGUGACGGCGGGAACGCUACGUGCGUAUAUAAUGCCAUCAAGAACGAGGCUCGAUUCAUGUACAAAAACGACAUUGCAUACUUCCACUGCUUGGGCGGUUGUAGAAGUGGAGGUGGUGGCACCAGAUCCAACCACAACAACGGUUCUGACCACGACUACUGUAACCUCUACCACUACUCCUGAGCCGACCACGACUACCGUAACCACUACACUGGAACCAACGACUACUACCGUAACCACUACACCAGAACCUACGACUACAGAAACUUCGACUACCACUCCUGAGCCAACCACGACUACUGUAACCACCACUCCUGAACCAACGACUACUACUGUAACCACUACACCGGAGCCUACAACUACAACCCCUUGUGUCACAACUGAAGAGCCAACUACUACAACCCCAUGCGUGACCACAGAAGCCCCAACCACCACAACUCCCUGCGUCACUACCGAAGAGCCCACCACCACUACUCCGUAUGUCACUACCGAAGAGCCCACCACUAGCACACCAUGUGUAACUACCGAAGCCCCGACUACAGAAGAACCAACCACAACUAAGCGUCCUAAUCACGGAUGCCAUGUUCCAAAUCACCAGCGAAAAGGAUAAUUGGUUCCUUUUUACGAAUCAUGUUAAUUUCAUACAUGACAUUCAUUUUAAUAAAGUAUUUGC